GCGCGAAACACAAGACAAUACACAAAACGUACAAAAUGGUCGCGCCAGAAGUCGUUCUCACACAUCUAAACCGCGCUGAUGGCUCUGCCACAUACACAUACAACGGCUACUCCAUUAUUGGCGCGGUCAAUGGUCCAAUCGAAGUGCAGCGCCGCGACGAACAGCCAGAAGAGGCCACACUGGAGGUCAAUGUAAGGCCUUCUGCGGGUGUUGGAACACCGCGCGAACGCCACCUCGAAACCCUACUUCACAACACCCUACGCUCCAUAAUCCUCACGCGCCAGAUUCCCCGCACUCUCGUUCAAAUCACACUACAAGUACGCAGCUUGCCAGAAGAAGACACAACGACGGGCGUAAACACCAGCCUCACAGUCCUCCCACAUCUACUCCACACAGCCUUCUUGGCUCUACUGUCUGCCUCGAUACCACUCUCCACAACGCUAACGAGCGUCCUUGUUGCAUACCCUUCCUCAACAAUGAAGAACUCGACACCGCUGUUGAGUCCCACCGCGAACGAGUUGCUGCGCGCCAAGCCAAUCAGGUCGACACAUGUUUUUGCGUUCAGUGGGGAUAGGCGGAUGUUGCUGAACGAGAGCGACGGCAAGUUUAGCUACGAUGAGUGGGAGGAGGCCUGCGAGAUGGCUGAGGAGGUGUGCUGUAAGGAGGAAGGCCAGGGUGGUGUGAGUCUUGGCGAUAGUAUGGAGAUCGAUGGGGCUGUGCAGAGCCAGAAUCUGGAGAAGUGGCUGAGGGAGGUUGUACGAAAGAAGGUGGAGUACGAGCAACGGUGGAAAAGCGCUACUUGAGUGGCGAUGCAAGAUGGCGUUACGCUCUCAAUAUGCUUCUGGAGGCCAGUGUCGAUGAGCUGUCUGCCUUGCACGGACUUGGAUGCUCAUGUGAUGCCCUUGGUCGAGCUACAUUCCGCGUCAUACACGACACUGUGCUGAUAUCACGAGAAGGAAUUCUUGUAAGGUAGCCAGGGGACCCGCCCGAAGAGGGAGAAGUCAAG